AUGACUGAAACCCUCCUAAAUGUAUCUGAAGGAGAUCAAGCACCAACUCCUUCCAACUUGAAAGCAGUGGGAAAGAAAACUGUCCAGGCAAUAGUUAUAAAUGAUAAGUCUAGAUUUUCAUAUAAAAUAGAUGAGCCUGGAAUUUUGAAAUCCAAGCCUACUGAGUAUCCUACCAUGCAAACAAAUAUGAGGUUGGGUAAUCAAAUAGGGGAAAACAGUGGAAUGCAUCAGAACUUAAACAGUCAAGAGGAAGAUAGAAGGGGAAUAGGAGGUUCUCUUAACAGUGCAGGCACAAGACGCAACAAUGGCUUCCAAAUUUUUGCAGCUCUAUGCCUUUUUUUGCAGGUCUCUCUGGAUCUUGUGAAAAGUUUAUAUGCAAAGUUUAUUGAUUGGGAUUCUGAGAUGAUAGAUUAUGAGACUGGUAUUCCUUCACAUGCAACGAACACAGCAAUAAGUGAGGACCUUGGACAAGUUGAGUACAUAAUGACUGACAAAACUGGAACACUAACUGAAAAUAGAAUGAUCUUUAGAAGAUGCUGCAUUAAUGGCGUUUUCUAUGGAAAUGAGAGUGGUGAUGCGCUGAAAGAUGAUAAGCUGCUUAAUGCUGUUGCUGGUAGCUCUCUUGACGUUAUUCAAUUUGUCACAGUUAUGGCUAUAUGUAAUAUUGUUAUUCCUAUAAAGAGCAAAACCGGAGCCAUCUUGUACAAGGCACAAUCUCAGGAUGAAGAUGCUCUUGUUAAUGCUGCUGCUCAAUUGCAUAUGGUUUAUGCCAAUAAGAAUGCAAAUAUUCUAGAGAUCAGGUUCAAUGGUUCAAUAAUUAAGUAUGAACUAUUGGAAAUUUUGGAGUUCACUUCUGAUAGGAAAAGAAUGUCAGUGGUUGUUAAAGAUUGCCAGAACGGAAAAAUUUUACUUUUGUCAAAAGGUGCAGAUGGAGCAAUUCUCCCUUAUGCUUAUGAUGGGCAACAAACAAGAACAUUUAUUGAAGUGGUAGAACAAUAUGCUCAAUUGGGGCUACGUACUUUAUGCUUAGCUUGGCGUGAAUUGAAAGAAGAUGAGUAUCAAGAGUGGUCUUUGAUGUUCAAAGAGGCUAGUAGCACAUUAGUUGACAGGGAGUGGAGGAUUGCUGAGGUUUGCCAAAGAUUAGAACAUGAGUUUGAGGUUCUUGGAGUCACUGCAAUAGAAGACUGUCUACAGGAUGGUGUACCUGAAACAAUUGAAACACUCAGGAAAGCAGGAAUAAAUUUUUGGAUGCUGACCGGAGACAAGCAGAAUACUGCCAUAGAGAUCGCCCUUUCUUGCAAUUUUAUUUCCCCUGCUAGAGAUCGGGUUUGCAUUGCCAUGGAUGAGGCCUUUUCAAGUGGCAUGCCAAUUGGAGUAAGACCUCAUGAAGCAAAAUAUCUGUGCAAGAAAUGA